AUGGCCUUGGGGGCUGCGAGGGGCGUUGCGUCGCAACCGUCGCUGCCGGCCCCGCCCGCGGCCGUGCCCACAGCGCAGCCCGUGCCGGCGCCAGCCCCGUUGCCGCCAGCGCCUGGGCCGCAGCCACCGGCGAUGGCGGCAGCGAGCGCCGCCCCGAAGCCCGAGCCCCCGCAGCCAGCGCAGCCGCCCGAGCCCCCAGCGCAGCCAGGGCUGCCCGGCCCCCCCGCCCUGGAAAACAAGAUCUACUUCAGCUCCGAAGGCAAACCCUACGCGGUGAAC